AAAUCGCAAUAAAAAUCAGAACCGCUGCUUGCUCACACUGCACUGCGGGCUGUAGGUAUCUGCCGUGUUGUCUGUAUGGAAACAAUGGAUUACACUGUCUAGCGGUGAUGUGCGGCUAACUGCGAGCUCAUCGAAACGGUCUGAAGCGUCUCUCCUCAUCCUGAGCCCAGUCUUUAUUUCCUGCUUCGUGUCUUGGGUGUACAGGUCUUUAGACAGCCAUGGGUGGGUUGGGGAACGGGCGUCGUGGAGUAAGAUCACCCCCUCUUCUGAUUGGUGCUCUUAUCGCCUGUAUCCUGGUUCUGGGAUUUAACUACUGGGUGUCCAGCUCCCGCAACCUGGAGCUACAGACUAAGCUGUAUGAGUUGGAGGGCCAGGUUAGACGGGGAGCAACAGAACGAGGAGCGGCAGAGUUGAAGAAGAUCGAGUUCCAGGAGGAGAUCCAGAGACAGAGGGAGCAGAUCAGCCAUGUGGAAAGCCUCUAUAGGACGCAGCUGGAAGCAGCACAGGACUCGUGCAACAAAGAAAAGAUCAAACAUCAGCGGAACAUUUCCUCCUGUGCAAAAACCACACAAGAAAUCAAAGGUCAGUUGAACCAGCUGAAUGAGGAUCUGGGGAAUCAGCAGAAAGAGCUACAAAGUUGUCAAGGCAAUAUCAAGACUCUUAACAACAAACUCACGUAUGACAUGACACACUGUCACUCUCAGGUCCUGUCCCAGAAGGAGUUGUGUGAUGAAAGAGUGGCAGCUGCGAAACUUGAAGUUCAGAAAAAAAUGGAGAAGCUCAUGCUUCCCCCAGCUGCUUCCUCACACGAAAACCCAUCGACUGCAGCAACACACCAGCAGGGAGCAGUGGUGACUGUGGCUCACACCGUGAAGACGGCAACGGUUGUGAACCACACUCUAGGCCUCUCCCAACCUAAAGGAAAGGAACUGCUGACAAAUGAAAUCAUUGUGGACCGAGCUGCUGAUGUAUCAGAGGACCUGCCUCUUGUGAAUGACGUCGCUAAAAUGGAGUCACAAUCAGAUCCCUCUGCUGCUGCUGCUGUUGUUGUUGUGAAGGAGGCCAGUUUGCCACCACCAGAGGGUGCAGUCAAAACGCAAGUGGCUGACACAGAGCCAAGUAAACUUGAGAAGAAUAAUCUGACUGAGGACAAAGAGAUGAAGGUGAUGGAUGUUCAUGAAGAGGACACUCCGACAGAAGAGGCGGACCCUGGGAUGGAAGGCAUGCUGAUUGGCCAGGGGAAUGUUGAUGAGACUCCUGUUGAUCAGAAGUUGGAGGAGCCAGAGGAGUAUGAUGCAGAUGAGCAAAUAGUGGGAGGAGAUCUGGAGAAACAACAACAGCAGAAUAAACCGGCUGAAAAUAUAGACAAGGAAAUGGAAGAGGAGCUGGCUGACUACAAUGGCAAUGACGAUAAUGAGGGGGAGUUUGAAGCAGACAAACAAGCGGAGCUUGCUCAAAACUGAGGGCCGGUGUUGGAAAAGGACGUUGGACUUGAUACAGGUUAAUGCAACACCCCCCCAGC